AUGGGUGUGGCGACUCCGGGCCCGGCGGCCUACGACACCAUCCAUGCGGCCCAGAGCACCAAGAAGCGCAUGCCGGCGCGGGAUCCGCGCGCUCCGACGGGCUCCGGCGCCCUGUUCAGCUCCAUUGGCUUUUGCGGAGGGCUUCUCAAUGCCUGGGCGCUACAAGGAGGCCAGCGAGACCUCCCCAGGGCUGGGACGCUCAGUGAGUUGGGCGGGAGGCCUUCAGACUAUGGCUACUACACCACGUGGCAUGGCCGCAUUUCCUUUGGGCAUCUUCUGUGGGCCCCCAAGGAGGAGUUCUUCAAGGAUCUCAGGUCGCUUCGAUUGCAGCACGGGCCCAAAGGCUUCGAGCAUGACGCCUCAGGGCCGACGCUCAUCUUCGCCCAUGGCCUGCAUGAAAGGAUGAGCGACUACGAUGAGUCCUCCUCUUCAGUGAGCUUCAAAGACGUGACCCGGUUUGUGCUGAGCACCGGUCGCCUGGGCUCCCUGCUGCUCUUCGACGCCCGCGGCCACGGGCAGAGCAGCGGGUGGCAGGGCCGCGGCGCCGAGCAGUUCCAUUGGAGGUGCCUAGGCCUGGACAUGCUGCAGGUUGCGCACUCCCUGGCCCCAGAGCAGUCCGUGGACAGCGGCCUCAUUUUGGGUGGCUGCUCCAUGGGCGCCGCUGCUGCGGUGUGGGCGGCCUUGUUGUGUCCACGCGCGGUGAAGGGCCUGGUGCUGUACCUGGUGCCCAGCAUGUGGGCCACGCGGCAAGCGCGGCGUGGGGUGCUAGAGGCCAAGGCCAACACCUUGACGGGCCCCCCCAAAGAGGUCUUGCUGGGGGCUGCGCGGGCAGACUUCCCUCCUCGGGAGGACUUGGAGAGGCUUGCGCCGGAUCUGCCGGUCCUCAUCGUGACUGCGAGGGAUGACCCCGUGCACCCAGCAAGCUCUGCGGAUACCUUGGCCCAGAUCUUUCGGCACGCGCGAGUCAUCUCCGACUGCAAGGCGGGCCGCGGUGGCGGUGGUCGGUCUGAAUGUGAGGGAAGCCCUACAUUUCUCUUUUUAACGGCUCCUACUGGUCAGCAUCGGGUGCUUCCCCCCCCUUUCAAGGUCGAAGGUUUGGACACGCACCCCAAAACUGCUAUUUUUUGGGAAGACGCCCCCAAGGAGUUUGGAGCUCCUUCGGUCCUCACAGAGCAUGAACAGCUUAAUUGUAGUUGGUACCUUUUCAUUUUGAGGUUCCGGAACAAUUUUGGAAGCACUGUAUUGUAUUUGGUGCUCUUUGAUUAG